AUGCGCACAGCCGGCCGUCCGACCGCGGGCCGCCCACUGGCUGACCCCCCCGCCCCCCGCCGCAGCCUGGCUUGCAGCCAGGAGAGGCUGCCCGCUGGGAGCUGGACAGGCUGGUCCGAGGCCCGCGGGGCCCGGCGGGAGGAGGCCCAGACAAUGGGCCCUUGUUCCUGGUCCUCAGGCCCCGGGCCAGAGCCUCGGGCCACCCGCCGGCUCCCCGCGCACCCUCGGCGCCCCCAGGGACCAGGCCCCUCCAGGGAGCCCCGCUCCCCCCACGCCGCCCCAGGAAACAGGAGCCAGCCAGGCCAGCCUCAGGGCGCCCGCAGCGACUGCUGCACCUGCAUGCAGCGGCUCAGAGCCAGCCGGGCCCGGGAGGUGGCCCUGUCUCACGCCCCGGCUCACUGUGACCGGGGACUGCGGCGGCCACAGGCUGUGUCAGGAGCGGGACGUCCAGUGGGCGGGGGGACUGCAGGUGGCAGGGGCCAGCCCAGCAGGAGGAGAGAUGUGCUCCUGGCGCAGCUCCAGGCUCCCGUCCACCAGGCCGCCCAGCCCGGGGCACUGCAGGUCAAGGGUCAGGGGCCCAAGCAGGCCGUGGGCAGGCUGAGGAAGGCCGCGUUCCUGCAGAGCAGGCCAGGGAGCAGGGCCCCCUCCAGGCCCAAGUCCUGCAGACGAGACCCCCAUCGUCCCCUCCCCUGGGCACCGCCCGGCGGGCGCGACCGCUCCGUACUGCCUCCCGGCCCCUCCCCGGCCUUCAGCCCCGGCCGGCCCUCUCCUUCUCUCGCCUGGCGCAGGAGGCGCCGCAGGUGCCGGGCGCGCUCGGGCCGCUGCUCGUGGAGCGUGGACUGGAUCUCGCGGAGCCCGCGCACCCGGCGCUCCUAA